AUGAAAAACAAAGAAGUCGAAAACGUCCUGCAGGCGCUUAUCGCCUACCUCCACGAUGUAGGAGAUUUCAUGGAAGCAGUCCAAACCAGAAUUGAAGAAGGAUUUACCACAGAAGACAAAACAGAGUACAAUAACGACAGUUAUGAAAUUUUGAAAAACAUACUUGAAGAAGCCAAAGUUGAGGACCUCUCCAUGCAAGACAAUAUCUCCUUUAUACUUGGAUCAAUCCACAAAAGGAUUGGAAAAUACAAACAUGUAAUAAAGGAGGCGUCGGAUAAAUAG